AGGAAAAUUGCUGCUACGACUUAGAAAACAGAGAAAGCGGAGACGGUUAUUUACAGUUUCCGAGCGAUUCAGUUUGCAAUUGGGACCUGUGUUUUUGUAUCAAGUUACUUCACAACAGUACGUGUUUAGUGUAACCUCAACAACAAGCUAGCGGUUUAGGAUUUCGUGCUCGCUGGGUGGGCUUUAUCCCCAAUUCCCCGGCUAGUUAGUUAGCUAGCUGACGGAGCUAGGGGAGCUAGCUGGCUAACUAACGUGAAGUACCGCUUCUCGGCCUUUAGCGACCCGGAUUCUACACUGUUAAAUCUGAAUUCGCUGUUGGCCUUGGAGCAGUUUGUUCUGUCUUACUCAGUCAUGGAGAAAGAUGCCUAUGAAGAACAGAAGAAUGAAGAUGCUGCUGUGGAAGAGUCGAAAAAGCCAGCAGCCACAGCUCCUCACAGAUAUACGAAGGAGGAGCUGCUGGAAAUAAAGGAAUUGCCCAUAUCCAAUGAAAGACCUGAAUGUCUCUCUGAGAAAUAUGACAGUGAUGGCGUCUGGGAUCCUGAGAAAUGGCAUGCCUCGCUGUACCCUACUUCAGAGCGAAGCUCUCCUGUGGAUGGUUUUAAGAAGGACUAUGGGGAGGAUCGAGUUCCCCUCAAGCGAAGACUCCCAGAUCCCCGUGAACGUUUGAAGGAGGAUGAUCUGGACGUGAUACUGAGCCCUCAGCGACGUAGCUUUGGAGGUGGAUGUCAAGGCAAUGCUGUACCUGCACCCCACACUCGUCGCCCAGUCAGCCCCCUGGAAAAUAAGGAAAAUGAGACGAUCCGUCUCGGAGGGGCGCGCAGAAUCGGCAGUGGCCGCAUAAUGGCAGCCCGUGCAUUUGAGAGAGAAGCCCGUGCAGAAAAGGAGAGGGAUCGUGAGCGAGAUUUUAAGGACAAAAGAUUCAGGAGAGAUUUCGGUGACAAACGGGUCUUCAGUGAAAGAAGAAGGAAUGACUCCUAUGCAGAGGAGGAGCCAGAGUGGUUCUCUGGGGGGCCUACCAGCCAGUCUGAAACAAUUGAGCUCAUUGGAUUUGAUGACAAAAUCCUGGAGGAUGAUAAACGAAAAUCCAGGCGGUCCAGGAAGCGGACAGAAUCUUUAAAAGAAGCAGUGGAAUGUAAUGGUGGACAGGCUGAGGAGCAAGAAGUGAGUUUGCGGUCUUCAGCUGAUCAAGAAGUCCCCCACCCUGAUGUCUUGCCAGAACAGUCAACUGGAGACUUUGACUUUAAUGAGUUCUUUAAUCUUGAGAAGACCAUGCCAGGACUGGCCUCUAUGAUCGAGGAUGUCUUGGGAGAGGGCCCUGUAUCUGCCAGCCGCUUCAGCCAGUGGUUCUCAAGUAAUUUGAGCCCAUCAGGCAGUCGGUCUAGUAGUUUGAGGUCCACACCUCAUGAGGAGCUGGAAAAACUAGCAGGACUUGAGCCAUGCUGCACAUCCCCCAGCCAAGGUCCUGCCUCAUUCUUCACACCUAUUCAAUCAUCAGAAUGCAAGGAGAAGGUGGAUAUCCUGGAGCUGCUCCAUAAGGCCAAAGUAGACCUGAAGCCCCUCCUCUCAACUUUGUCAGUCAACAAGGCUCGGCUAAGGGAAAGCACCAACUCUGGGGUGGUGCUGUCACUGGAGGAGGUGGAGGGAGAAAUGAAGGCGAUGAAGCUUGGUUCUGAACCACAGGCACGAAAGGUGCCCCCUCCACAGAGGGGAAAUAGCACACCCUUCAUGGCCGAGCAUUUAGAGGAGGCUCUGACCGGUGGCUCGAGUGCCCGUCCACGCUCACGAGACACUGACAUGUCGGCCUUUAAUAAACUGGUCAGCAGCAUGAAGGCAAGUGGAACUCUGCCAGCUCACCCCAAAACCAGCACAAACAAUCAAACGUCAGACCCAGCUGUGGGCGCACUCUCUGAUGGCCCGGUACCUGCUCAGCAGCAGAAAAACAUAUUCCAGGAGCUGUUGGGAGUUCGGAGUGGGUCCCCGACGCAGCUCAGUAGCCUGCUGGGCAGCUCUGACCCCGCCACCACUGUCCCUCUACACAGUCUACUACACAAGGCACCUUCACCGCCGCUCUUUCCCCAGAGGGCACCGUCACCCGACUAUUUCAGUAGUCGGCUGCAACACUCUGCAGGUUUUCCUAUGGGUCCUCAGUCCAUGCUGCCAGAGCAGUUUGCUGAUGUGCACAGGUCCAUAAGUCCUGGAUCUGUAGCGCACCAACAGAUGAGAGCAUUGUCCAUGCCCAUCAGUCAGGCAGAACUGGAGGCUCUGGCAUUCCAGCAGGACCUUGCUCUACAUGCCCACCACUCGUUUCAGUCGGGCUACGGCAAGCAACAACAGGACAAGUCUUUUCGUAACCGGCAACAGCGAGUGAUUCGCUCCCCUGGGCCCGGUCCGCAGCCUGCUGGACGAAGCUCUCCAGGCAAUGCGGUCACUAGCAUGCUGUCUCCAUCAUUCACACCCACAGCUGUGAUCCGCAAAAUGUAUGCAACAAAAGAAAAGAGCAGGGAUGAGCCUUCAGGUCGUUCAGAGACUAAAGAGGAGUCAGCAGGACAUUCUCAAGAUGAAAGAAGCUCCCCAAAUCUGUAUAUGGAGGCGAUGGAUGGCAGUCUCGCCCAGCAGGGAGGGAUAAAGACUGGCCUACAGACUGUGCCAAGCAAGGACCAAGAGCGUCUCAGGCCUGGUUCCACCGGACAGCACGCGCCUACCGUGGGACCUCCAGGGCCAUCUUCGUCUUUCCCUCGUCCCAUCUACCCAGUGCCAAUGAUAUCCCAUGUACCGAUGGUGCGUCCUCCUCCCCCCCAGCUUCACCCCAGUGUGGUUCAACGAAUGCUGGCGCAGGGUAUCCAGCCCCAGCAGCUGGGACCUGCUCUUGUCCAAGCAGGCUUGCCUCCUGCCCUCCUUGGACAACCGCUGUACCCUGUAACAGGGCAUCCACUACUACCUCCCAGAUCAAAUACUCAGAUGCAGUUGGCAGUAAUGCAGCAGCAGCUUCAGCAGCAAAGGCAAAUGCAUCCCAAUGUCCAAGGCACUCAGAGCCAAGGUCCCCACCGGACAAAUGGCUCCCAGCGACACGGAGGCAGCCCCCCUCUUGGUCUCGCCAAGUGGUUUGGAUCAGAUGUGCUAGAGCAGCCGCUCCCUUCCAUGCCAGCCAAGGUCAUAAGUGUAGAUGAAUUGGAGUUCCGGCCAUAAGAAAACGCUGUGCUGGAUUUUUUUUUUUGUUUUGUUUUUUUUUCCCCCCCCUCCAUCUCCUCAUUACCAAGAAAAUGUGAACUUUUAAUUUGACAGUUCCCAGAACAGGACAUCUAGCCAUGCUUUGUCUUCAAACUUGAAGUCACUGCUUUUGAUGAGGCAAGUGAUGGAGAUUUGUUUGGCCAGCUGAGUGAAUUUUUUUUUCUUUUUUGUAUUGGACUCUGCACAGUAAAUGUAUAGGCUCGAUUGUACAGAACAUGGGAAAGAAUCUUCUCUGUAUAUAGCUUUGGUGGGUUUUUUUUUUUUAUUUUUUUGUUUUUCUUUGCAAGGGAAAGGUGAAACAAUCGUAGUUGAGCUGAUAAACAGCGAGAGACAAAGUCACUGAGUGCUGGUAGCAUUCCUUUUGUCAUGUCCACCUUAAUUUCCCCCCCCUCCCCCCCCUGACAACUCUAGAGAAGGGCCACCGCUAAUGAGAAAUGUUGGAUUAAUGAGGAUCUUUAGUGCACCGUGCACAUCUUCGUUAAUGGAAUGGCUAGUGACCCUUUUCUGUUGACAUGAAGCAUUUCAAGACGCCUCCAGGGGGAUGCAGCAACCUGGCUGUGCCUUUUUUGUUUUUCUUUUGACUGUAUCCUUACCAAUCCUACUUGUCACGAAGAGGGCAGCACUGCUCACGUUUAAGGGUGGUUGGGAUUCAGUUUGUGUGCUAUUAAGUUAUAAAAAGCACAACUAGAAUUAAUAAAUAAAAAUCUUCAGUAAAACA